AUGCGUGGCGGCCAGACGUUGCCCUCAGGUCCAACAUCAACGUGCUGCAUGUCCAAGGAUAACGGAGAGUCAGAACGUCUCGGCAGACAGCGCGACCACCGAAAUCGUCGUCUCCAGUGCAGAGCUCCGUGA